ACUAGUUUAACUCGUUGAGAAACGCUAAUUGAUUAGCCAAUAUUUGAGAGAAGUUGGAGCUCAGGGCUAAACAAAAUGCACAUUAACAGUUGGAGGAGCGUUAAAGUGAUUUGUUUUUUCAUUCGUACGUGGGAAAUAUCAACUUCUCACUUGUUAAUGAACAUGGCUUUACCAGGAAGUCUAAUCAAUAUGAUAAGAAGAGGGUUGUUGACCUUUUAAAUUAUACGUAGAAAAAUAUAACCAAUAGCCCUGAAUUGAUUUGUCUGCAUGCGAACGAUUCUGAAAUCAUGUUUCCACCUAAAUUUGCAUGGGGCGCAGCUACAGCCGCUUAUCAAAUCGAAGGUGGCUGGGACUCGGAUGGCAAGGGACCAAGCAUUUGGGACACGUUCUGUCAUAAAGGGGGCGGAUUGGUGUACGAGGACCACAGCGGAGAUGUCACCUGUAGCAGCUACGUGUUCUGGGAAGAGGACCUGAAGUGUAUCCAGCAGUUAGGCCUGACCCACUACCGCCUGUCUGUGUCCUGGUCCCGCCUGCUCCCGGAUGGGACGACCAAGCACGUCAAUCAAAAAGGUGUGCGAUACUACAACAAAGUGAUCGAUGACUUGCUGGCCAGUAACGUGAUGCCCAUGGUUACCUUGUACCACUUCGACCUGCCACAGGCCCUCCAGGACCAGGGAGGUUGGACCUCACCUGAGAUGGCUGACAUCUUCGACAGCUACGCCUGCUUCUGCUUUCAAACCUUCGGGGACCGCGUGAAACUUUGGAUCACGUUAAAUGAGCCGUAUGUGUGCGCUAAACUGGGCCACGAGGAUGGCAUCUUUGCCCCGGGGAUAAAAGAACCAGGGAUUGCGGCCUACCUAGUGGGACACAACAUGCUGCGCGCCCAUGCCAGGGCUUGGCACAGUUACCACAGCAUGUACCGGGCAAAACAGGGGGGCGCGGUGUCCCUAGCCCUUAACAGUGACUGGGCUGAACCGGUGAACCCGGCCAGUCCGGAUGACAUAGCGGCCACUGAACGCUACUUGGCCUUUUCCCUUGGUUGGUUCGCAUGGCCGGUGUUUGUAACUGGGGACUACCCAGAAGUGAUGAGGUCUCGCGUUGAGCUAAGAAGCAAGGAACUGAGUUGCCAAGAUUGCAGACUGCCUGCGUUCUCUAAGGACGAGCCUAGCAUCUUAGGCACGGCCGACUUUUUCGCUCUGAACUACUACACGUCUCGGAGGGUGAAAGCUGUGGGAGGAUUGCCGGAGGGGUGUGGGUUGAAAAGCGACCAGGAUGCCGAAGCGGUUGUGGACCCGACCUGGCCAGUGUGCGGGGUGUCAUGGCUGGCUGUGGUUCCGGAUGGCCUGAGGAAGCUGCUGAAGUAUAUUAAGGACACGUUCAACAACCCUGCAGUUUACAUUACAGAAAACGGCUUCUCUCAGGUGGGGCCAGUGGUCAUGGACGAUGUCCAACGCUGUGGGUUUUACCAGGACAUCAUUCAGGAAGUUGCCAAAGCUAUCCAAGAGGAUGGUGUGGACGUGCGAGGCUACUUUGCCUGGUCUCUCCUAGAUAACUUUGAGUGGGCAGAUGGGUUCCGUGUCCGCUUUGGCCUAUUCCACGUGGAUUUCGCUCAACCUGAAAAAACACGGACCAUAUACCGUUCUGGAAGGGAGUACGCCGGGAUCAUCUCCAAGUACCAAUCUCAGACCAAUAACAGCCAAUAAGCACAGAGCAAAUCAGCCAAUAAAAUGUUGUUGCUAAAUGUUCUGACCUAAUCAACUGCAACCAAGCUUGGUCUAUUGCAAUGUUCCAACAGGAUAUAUUAAAUUCACGCUAAUAUGAGUUUCAAGUUUUUUAUUUUCUUUCACUUCAGAUUUCUUUGGUUGUAAAACACUUAAGCCUAUUCAGCAUCUUUUGCAGGAAGGUGAUUUUAUCUGAUUUCUUUUUUGGGGGGAAGUGGGGUUGAAGAGUACAAUUCCCUACACAGAAUAUAGAUCCAGUUAUAAGCCAUCUAGGCCAUAAUGUUGUGCCAGAUUGGGGCUGGGAACAAGUCUACUAAGGUAUGUGUGAUGUACUCGUCUUUGUGUGUUGUGACUAUGUUCCCACAAAGAUAGUAAAACCUGAAACAUUAAUCCUCUGUUUUGUUAGGUCCCCUGUAGGGAAAAUGCUAUUUCGAGCUUAGGUUUAGAGGAAAAAUGUGCUGUUGGGCGUAGUGAAAUAAUAAGUUACUUUUAGGUAUUAUCUGUUUGGUUUAGACAUUUGGACUAGGCUUUAGACAUAAAUGUUAGGUUAUUGAGGUUAGGUUUAGGGAAUAGGGAACAUAGUUAGGUUUAAGGUCCCCAUGAGGAUCGAAAAUGGCAAGACGUGUGUGUGUGUGUGUGUAACCUCAUAUCUCAACCCGUAAGGCCCCUAUAUGACUUGAAUGGGUUUAAAACGAAAUCCUAAACAGCCCUCAUGGUGAGACAAAAUACACAAUGCCUCUCAUUGUGCCGGUGGACGGUUUGGGUUGUAACUAAGACUAAACCCUACUGGGCCUGGGUAGGGAGCGGCGCCAGACAGCAACCCUGGUAUGAAGGAUCACAUAGUCUAAUGCUCGUUUGUGUUUACAAACAAAUCAUCCGAGGGGAUGGGGUCGCUGAGGGGUCGCUACGUUAUGAGGGAGGGGUUAAACCUAUGCAAAGUUGCUGGACGAGGACAGGCAUUUGAAUGGAAAAACAUCCGCCAACCAAAUGUAAGCAAAUGGCUUCACUGGCAGGCGAUCGUGCCGCGGACGUCAUGCUCAUUGUCCCAUUCUGUGGGGGGGGGUAGAAUCUGGGCAUUAUGGGAUUUUAGUGUAAAGGAUCUGCCUGUAGGAAGGGCUGAGGUACUGACAACAUAUUGCUCUUUUAAUGGAUGAAAACACCAGGGGCUAUAUGAUACAGUCCGGUGUAUGUGAAGGCAGUUAAGUGGAAUAGUCUUUAAGACCCGAAGACUGCCCUCACAGACAGCAGCCUUCUACAUCGAAGACAACCAAAUGCAAUGGCAGCGCCUUUAAUGUUAGAAUGCUUUAUUUCUUGGAGGAAAAAAGUAGUCCAAAAAUCUGUUUGUGGUUUUACUGGCUUUUAUAAGGCUAUACGGGAAAAGAUGGGCACAGGGGCCUUUAUCAAGGGAUUUGUGUAACUUCUGUUAACUCAAAGGUUAUUUAGGAGAGGCGGCGGAAAGGCAAAAAGACGAAAAUAAGCCUUUAUUUGAAGGACUUGGUCCCAAAUUACGUUUUACCGGUGUGAAGAAAAACGUGAAAAACCCAUCAAAACUCCAUGGUAGGACACAUUAAUGUCUUGGAUGGAAGGUGGUUAUCGAGGAGAGGGCGACCUUCCCGUUGCCUACUAAUGAACGGAGGUCAAGGGUCGGAGAUGGGACUUCAUUAAAUGGAUAGAAGUACAGAGACUUAAGAUGUGGGUUAUCUGGUCAUUCUCCCUUUUAAUACACUUCUGUGUUCCCGACCUACGAUUGUGUGACCUGUUCUGUUUCGUAAGAAUGUUUACUGUAUAUUUUUUUUUUUAUCUGUAGCAUCUGCUAUCCCCCGCAUUUCAUUCAAUAUCUGGAAGAAAUGUAAAUCUUGCCCUCAUGACCUUGUGCUGGAACAUCUGUUGUGCGUCUUUGAAUCUUAAACCAUUUCGUACUCAUACUCUUUUUUUGUCGUUGAACAGCAGUGUGAAUUGUGCGUCGACCCUGACCUCUACUCAUCUUUUGAAUUAUUCUGUUGAAAUACAAGCCACAAAGGACACAAUAAACGGUUUUAAACAUA